AUGCGGCCGAGGCUGCCCGUCGCCUCGCUGCUGCUGCCGCUCCUCGCGGGCGCCGUGCCUGAUGUCCCGGAGCCCUGGAUAUCCGCUGAAGAGUGUGGCGAACGGCCGCUCGUGGAGGCGCUCUCCGGGCCUCGGAUCGUGGGCGGACACGACAGUCAAGUGGGAGCCUGGCCGUGGUUAGUGAGCCUCCAGAUCCACCAAGUUGGUGUACAAUUCAAGCACGUGUGUGGUGGAGCCUUAGUUAACAAGAAUUCAGUGCUUUCAGCUGCCCACUGUGCUGCACAGAGGAAGGACCCAUAUUUCUGGAGAGCUGUGAUAGGCGUGCAUAACCUUCGGAAACAUGAUAAGCAUACAACAAAAAUAAAUAUUAGAAACAUCACUGUCCAUCCAGAAUUCAAGAAAGAAACAUUUGAAAAUGAUAUUGCGUUAUUUAAACUUGAUUCCUCUGUACGCUACAAUGACUAUAUUCAGCCUAUCUGCUUACCUUCCGCACACCUUUACCUAUAUAUUGACAACGAAACAGACUGCUUUAUAAGUGGUUGGGGACGUAUAGCUGAGAAAGGUAAAACCUCAGCUGUAUUAAAAGAAGCACGAGUGGAAAUCAUUCCUUCUGAUGUCUGUAAUGCUUUUGAUUCUUAUGGAGGACUGGUGCGUAGCAACAUGAUUUGUGCUGGCUAUGAAUCUGGAGGCACCGAUAGCUGUCAGGGAGACAGCGGUGGACCAUUAACGUGCUAUUUCCCUAGUAGCAGCAAGUACUACCUAAUAGGGAUUACCAGCUUUGGAAUUGGCUGCGGCCGACCAAAAUUUCCUGGGAUCUAUGUCCGUUUCUCUCCAUACAGAAGAUGGGUAGUAUCUGAACUUCUGUUGAGUAACAGGGCUGUGACUCCCAUGAGCAUUACGCUUGUGAUCUUUCUGACUGUGAGAUGUAUAGUGCUCACAUAGGCUUUCUGAAGUGACAAGCCAUUGCAUCAUCACAGUGAAGGUUUGGGCUGUUAAAACUUUGAAAACAAAGCUAACUCAUGUUUUGUAAGACUAAAUCUCAGGGUAGAAGGACAAAUGCUUUUUUUUUUUUUUAGAAAGCAUGUUUUUAUCCAAUUUCUGUAUGUAUAGAUAUAAAACUUUUUAAUAAAGCAGUAUUAUUUUUGGAGUUACAUUAUUUCUUGUAAAUAAAUGAACUAAA